AAUAAGAAUUGGUGUCUGUCCACCAGCCUAAAUUGUCGACUCUGCCCUCUUGGCGGUCAUGGCAGCGGUAGGACAAAGUGGAAAUGGGAAAUAAGAAAGUAUUUUGCGAGGCACGUUCAAGUGCCCUCCACCGGCGGCAAAUGCGACCAUCAAUCGUCAAAGGAACUUGAGUGGUCGAGCCAUUUUCACCUCGAAUCUGUUGCCUACGGCGGAAAACCGUUGCUACAGGCUGUGCUUUCGGCGGAGAGCAUCUCGUCCGAGGCAGGAGGGAGCUCGAAACUGGAUGUGGGAUAG